AUGUCUGACAAACAAGUGCCUCCAUUUUCUCUCGAUACGCCUCGUUACGACACAUCGACGUACGUCGGUCGGUGGCAUAAAUUUGCAGAGCUCGUGUCACCAAAGUGGCUUUUCCUGAGCUCGGAACAAAUUCAGCAUUCAAAGCAGACGCUUGAGGACUUUCGCAAUGGCGCACUCCCCCCUGGUCAAUUCAAUGAUGUAGAGCUCUGGAAUCUUCGCCAGGCAUACGAGGCUGCGGUGCAUCCUCAGACAGGCGACACGGUGCCAGCUUUGUUCCGGCUGUCGGCAUUUGUACCUGUGAACAUUCCAAUCUGUGUUGGCAUGUUGCUCGCACCGCCUACGUUGAAAAACACGAUCUUCUGGCAGUGGGUAAAUCAGAGCUACAGUGCCGGCUUCAACUAUGCCAACCGCAAUGCCAGCAGUGAGCAGGACAAUUUGACCAUUUUGAAAUCGUACGCAACGGCUACGGUCGUGUCUUGUACGACAGCUGUGGGCCUGGGCAAGAUGGUGCAGAAUGCUAAGCGACUGUCUCCAAGCACGCGCUCUUUCUUGGGAACGAUGGUUCCAUUUGUUGCUGUUGCUAGUGCAGGAGCCUUCAAUGCGGUUUCCAUGCGUUUCAAUGAGUUCCAAGAGGGCAUUGAUAUCAUGGAUGAGCACGGAGACGUUCAUGGACGUUCUGUUGCUGCUGGACGUCAAUCUCUAGGUCAAGUGGCGCUUACACGGAUUGCACUUCCAAUGCCCAUUUUGCUGCUUCCGCCGUAUCUGUUUGGCGUCAUGAAGAAAACCAAUAUCAUGCCCAACGGCAAGUACCCUAAACUCGCCGCCGAGCUUGUCGUAUUGACGUUGUGUCUGUGGGGCGCCAUGCCAAGUGCUGUCGCUCUCUUCCCGCAAAUGGGCAGCAUUUCUGCGGACAAUGUUGAAGAGGAGUUUCAGUCCCGACUGGACCGGCACGGCCAGCCCAUUCGCCACUUUUUGUACAACAAGGGGAUCUGA